GACCAAUUCGAGCAGGUACCCAAUUUCCAUCCCUUUUUCCUGCUUCGAGGGUUGCGUCCUACCAGUCAGCCAACCAGCCAGUCCGUGUGAGGCAGCCCGGCCCUGUAUAGGUGGAGAUGCAAGUGUCUUAGCCCUAAACAAAGCCCCUUCUUCAUUACACGCGCCAUGACGAGACUCGGGCAGUGGGUGAGGGUGGCGGUGGUGGUGGUGGUGGUGGCGAUGUGCAUAGUGGUAACAGUGAUACCUCAGAGUGGACGGGAAUUCUUCUUGGCUAACGUCGCCUCACCUCCUCUCCCCCCACCGCCGACACCUCCACGUAAACAAAAGAGUGCCCACGUGUCCUUCUCCCGCCCUUCUUCCCCCCCGGCCACCCUUGCAUACCGUUCCUGCCGUGCUCUCUUCACUGUUGCCAAAGGAGAUGGUGACCCGAAUCUCCUGUUUGAAUCCGAGGAUUCAUAUCGAAAGCUGAGUCAUCAACUGCCGUCCCUCCUGCGGGUAGAUAACUCCUCCUCCUCCUCCUCUUCCUCCUCCUCUUCCUCCUCCUCCUCCUCCUCCUCCUCCUCUUCCUCCUCCAACACCUCCUUCCUCGCCUACCCCGGGAACCGUCUUCACCUCAUGCGUGGGUCUCUGCCUUUUAUUCCCUGCCAGGUGCGUGAGUUCGGGGCGGCUGAGACGGGGGAGUGCGUGGCGGCGCGGGCAGCUCAAGGCGUCUCCACCUGGAUCACCUUCGUGGGGGAUUCGAACCAGCGGCAGAAGACUCACUCCUUUAUUGACUUCCUGCCGCCGGACCUCACCUACUCCUACUACCUGGGCAGCAAAGAGGUGACCAAGAAAAACUUCCUCUUGGCCUUGAUCAACCACGUUCAUCGCCCACCGACCUUUGACAUCUUCGGCCGCCGCAUCCACCCUAACCACGACCACCACCACGACGCAUCCACCACAAACACCACCACCACCACAAACACCACCACCGAGGAAGAUGACUCAUUCUCCUUCAGGAUCACCAACGACUCCGACGCUAAGCCCUUCCGUCACUUUUACCCCACGGUGACGAAAGACAAGAUUGACUUCCCCUACUCGGUUAAGCCGCUGCUGGAGGGUGACCUGGAGGGCGUGACCUAUGACCUGAGGGUGACGCUGGUGUGGGCGCCGAGCGGGACAGUUAUGAACCACCCGACGACGAGGGCCGGCCCGAAGGUGAUCAAACUGCAUGACCUGGCGGAAGCGAAGAAGGUGCCUGACGUGGUGGUGAUAGGGUUCGGGAAGUGGCCGUUGCUGAUGCGGGAACACGACGACGAGCUGGUGCCCUUCUCGGAGAUCGAUUUGCUCUUCCGGCCGCUGAUUGGCACCCUCACGACCCUCGCCGCCCGCACCACCGUCAUGCUCUGGAGGCAAAGCAGGUAUCGCGCGUUCAACUACAGGCUGGACGAUCAACCUUCCCACGUAACUUCCCGUAAUCCGCAAUCAGCGUGGAAUCAACUCAUGAAAUUAACCCAGUUCGCGGACUCCAUCAGCCUCGUGGACCGCUGGUCGUGGGGACUGUAUAGGAGGACGGGUAUGUGGCUCUGGGACUCGGCUCUUCCCUUCAACAUGGCCAGCUUGGAGGACUGUCGGCGGCUGUGGGCGGCUGGGCACUUUUACCACCCAGCCUACAACAGUCGCUGGUGGAACUGUUAUGACAUCCAUCACGCCGCCUACGAGACCAACAGCGUCGAGAUCCAGAUGCUGCUCAACCUGGUUUGCAACGCCCACCUCGCCUCCCCACGACACUACUGCUGCGCCCAAUCUCCCGACCGGUAGCAGUGCCGAGUGCUGGUUCACUAAAUGAUGCUAACUUCAUCUGAUGCCAAUGAUAGUAGUGCUGAGUGCUGAUUUAAACCCUCGCGACAGUUGUGCUGACGGUAUAACUUAUCUCACCGUUAACAAUACUUGCCCCAGUCAUUAGUUCCGUGGGCGUUCCCUUGGUCUCCUCCAUUUAGGGUUGUCUCGUACGCCCGGGAGGUGCGCCACGUGUCCAUAUAGCCGGAGUUGGUGUUCACUGACUAGGCUGGUAACAGGCCUCGAUUCAGUUUCACGGAGUAGUCGCUGGUUUGACACCAAGUCAUUCCAGCGAUAUCCAUGAUCUUGCAAAGGCACUUUGUACCAAAGGCAUCAACACGCUUCUUCAAGUCACUGUUCAAUACCCGUGUUUCACAGCCACACAGAAAAACGGGGAGCACAAGCGACUUGAAGAUUCGGAUCUUUGCACGUCUGCACAGAUAACGACACUCUUGUUACAUAUAAUACUCGUACUGAGCGAGCCUAUAACACUGUGGGCCAGGCCAGUCUGUCGAAUGACUUCCUUUAGGUAGAUCCUCCAAUGUUAUGCACCACGCUACCAAGGUAUGUGAAACUUUGGUGACCUCGACAUCCUCACCAAAUGUAUGAACAGAUUGAACUGUGUCGCCCAGCAAGCCUCCAAACGACUGGAUCUUUGUUUUGUCUUAGGAAACCUUCAGUCCCAGAGGCUUCCUCUCCUCAUGCAGCGAUUCCGCGAGAAGUACAGCAUCAUAAGCAAACACAAGGUCCGUGACCUUGAUUUCGCCAACAGAUGCUCCGCAACAACUUUGAUCAACAACUUUGCCUAACACCCAGUCCAUGCAGGUGUUGAAGAGUAAUGGAACAAGAACGCACCCGCCCUCACUGCCGAAUGAACAGGGAUAAUAUUAUUAAUAUUGACUAUGAUAUUACUACCUUAAUCUUAGUUAAUGUAUUGCUAGCCUAGUAUAUGAAAAAAGUAAGUCUACUCUGUUAAUUAUGAAUAAAUCAAGAUAUGCUUUAUACAAAAAAAAUUUUCACUACUACUUUUAAAUGGAGGACUUCGUAUCCUGAAUAUCUCCAUCGCGUAUCCCCUUGCG